UGCGCUGCCUGACUCAAGUGAACCUUUGUGAACCGAAGAUGUCAGGCAAGUGUGUUGGUAUCGUACGAGAGGUGUACAACAAAUGGGAGCGUCGCGCACCGCUUACGCCUGCACACGUCAAGGAGCUAGUGGCGCGUGGUGUGCAGGUGCUUGUACAGCCAUCAACAGCACGCGUCUUCUCGGACGAGCAGUACGUCCGCGCUGGGGCCACGUUGUCCGAGGAUCUGGCGCCAGCCAACGUCAUCGUGGGUGUCAAGCAGGUGCCCGAUCCGGCAUUGUUGGCGGACAAGACGUACCUCUUCUUCAGCCACACCAUCAAGGCGCAGCCCGAGAACAUGGCGCUGCUAGACGCCGUACUCCAGCGCCGUGUCACACUCAUUGACUAUGAAUGCAUCACGGAAGAGAGUGGCAAGCGCCUCAUCGCCUUCGGAGGCAACGCCGGUCGGGCGGGAAUGAUUGCGGGUUUCCGAGGUCUCGGAGAACGUCUCAUUAAUAUGGGUAUCUCCUCUCCCUUCGUGAACGUCGCGUCUGCCUACAUGUACGCAGACUUAGAGCACGCGAAAGAUGCCGUGGAAGCUGCCGGCAGGAGGAUUCGUUCUGAUGGCCUCCCGGGUGACCUGGCGCCAAUGACAUUCGCCUUCACGGGCAAUGGCAACGUAUCUAAAGGGGCACAGGAGAUCUUCAAGCUCAUGCCGCACGAGAUGGUGCACCCAUCAGAGCUGCCAAAACUGCCGAAGAACAACCGUAUUCUCUACGGCACAGUCAUCGAUGAUCCGUCCUACUUUGUCAAGCCUCAGCCCGGAUUCACGGGUGAGACUACACGAGCGCAUUACUACCAAAAUCCUCACCAGUACGAAGCUGCUUUUCAUGAAAAAGUGCUGCCAUACACUUCGAUGCUUGUCAACUGUAUGUACUGGGACGACCGCUUCCCAAGGUUAAUCACGCGAGAGCAGAUCCGCGAGCUUCGCACGUCUGGGAACCACAAACUGCUCGGAAUUGCCGACAUUUCGUGCGAUAUUGGCGGGAGUGUCGAGUUUUUGGAGCGUGCUACUGAAAUUGAACGCCCGUUUGCCCUGUAUGACGUCGCUGAAGAUAAAAUGCGCGAAGACGGAGACAGUCGAGGCCUCGAAGGAGACGAUGGCAUCAUGAUGAUGGGUGUCGAUAUCUUACCAAGCGAGCUGGCGGGCGAGUCGAGUCAGCAAUUCGGUGACCGCUUGGUCGGAUACGUCACGGCGUUGUCUAAUGUUUCUUCGUCUGGUGUCCCUCUCCAUGAGCAAAAAGAGCUCCCUGCUGAACUGCGUGGAGCUUGUAUUGCUAGCAAUGGUGUUCUGGCGCCUAAAUACGAGUAUAUUCACCGUAUGCGUGCCGAGCGUGAGCGCAGCAAGCAGUACAAGUUCUUGGAUGCGCAACAAGAGGUUGCGGGGAGUACGUGCGUGCUACUGGAAGGACACCUGUUUGAUACAGGACUCAUUAACCAGGUGCUUAACCUCAUUGAAGACCAUGACGGAGGUUUCCACCUUGUCGACUGUGAAGUACGUCCGAACGUUGGAGUCGGAGACAGUGGCGACAACACCAUAUCGAAUGCCAUUGUGCAGAUUAGUAUGAGUGAUCGUGAAGCGCUGGAUGACAUUAUUACGAAGAUCCGCGCACUAGCUGAGCUGACUUCAGGAGCGAAGGCUACGGUCACUGAACUACCCGAUUUAUGCGGCACAAACUACUCCAAGACGCGAGGUAUAGUGAGAAAGGAUGCUGCUGCCAAUACCAUGGCUGACGUAUCGGUCUCAAGCCCGAAGAAGCGAAAGGUUGUAUGCUUUGGCGCUGGAUUGGUGGCGUCACCGCUCGUCGAGUAUCUGUCCCGUGAACAAGGAAACGAGGUUCAUGUGGUAUCCGGUAUUGAGGGUGAAGUGAAGGAAAUGAUGCGCAAAAUCUCUCGCCGAAACAUCAAACCUCAUGUAAUGAACGUAUCUGAAGAUGCUGAUGGUGUCGACAGGCUUUGCGCUGAAGCCGAUUGUGUCGUGUCGCUCUUACCGGCGACCAUGCACACGACCAUUGCUCAGCGUUGCAUUCAGCAUGCCACUCCUGUGGUGACUGCUAGCUAUGUGUCACCAGAGAUGAAGGAAUUGGACGACAAGGCAAAGAAGGCUGGUAUUCCUAUCCUCUGUGAAAUCGGACUUGAUCCAGGUAUGGAUCAUAUGAGUGCGAUGAAGGUCAUUGAUGAAGUUAAGGCUCAUUCUGGAAAGAUCAUGUCCUUUUCGUCUGUCUGCGGCGGCCUGCCAGCGCCAGAGGCAGCGGAUAAUGCCAUUGGUUACAAGUUCAGCUGGAGUCCGCGUGGUGUGCUCACUGCCGCAUUGAAUGCGGCCCAGUACCGCAAAGAUGGCAAAAUCAUCAACGUGGCAGGUGAAGAUUUGCUCAACAGUAGCGAGCGCGUGAAUUUCUUGCCGGCGUUCAACAUUGAGCAGAUCCCGAAUCGUAAUUCGCUUCCUUAUGGCGAUAUCUACGGUAUUCCAGAAGCUUACUCUCUGUAUCGCGGCACUCUGCGCUACGGUGGCUGCUGUCAAAUCCUGUACCAGCUACGCAAGCUCGGCCUCUUUGACAUGGACCCAUCCAAACCCAUUCCAUCCACUUGGCCAGAUCUCCUGACUCAGUUGGGUGGAUAUCGAGGACUUCGCCAAGACGCUCACGGUUUCCUCGAGUGGCUGGGUGCCUUUGAUAACUCGACUCCAGUGGUCAAAGCCUCGUCCGUACUUGACGCUUUCUGUGCCUUGUUGCAAGACAAGUUAUCGUACCAGCCAGGAGAACGCGACAUGGCUAUCAUGCACCAUGAAUUCGGAAUUGAGUACGAGGAUGGCAAGAAGGAAAAACGCACGUCGACGUUCGUGGGCUACGGUUCUGAGAAAGGUGACACUAUCAUGGCCAAGACUGUUGGUUUGAGUGCUGCCAUCGGCGUCCAGUUGAUCUUACAGGACGCAGUUCAGGGUUGUGGCGUGCUUACUCCAACGACUCCUGACAUCUACGGCCCAGCACUAGCGCGUCUCGAGGUCGAAGGUGUGCGCUUCAUCGAAAAAACAAUCCCGCAGCAUUAAAAUGCGGUCUGUCUAUGUAAGUCUCAAACUCUUUUCAACACAAUGUGGCGUCUAUAAUACCCUAUCAAAGAACUGUUGCCGGCCUACCAUCGAACGAUAUCCGUUGCUGGGUUUCUUCACGCAGGCCCUGCCGUGGUGACGGAGCAAUGUACUUUUGAGAAACUCCGUCAGAUGACAGGUAGAGCCGUGAUAGAGCCUUUGGACGGGAACUAGCGUAACUUGUCUUGAUCUGCCGCCCACCAGCUUUAAGCGACGGGUACACUUUUAGCUCGAGCAGUCCACGCAUAUGUUCAUCUGUGUCGGUAAUUUGGGGCGAGUUCCCACCUAAACUGGAUAAAGCACCAAGCUCUUGGUUCUGCAAAAUUGGUGGUGAAUCCAUCCCUGAGGACCGAGGGUGGCUCAACUCUGGACAAUGAAUCAUGACGGAUGCCUUACCAAGGAACCGCUGCGGCAUGCGAUCGGGACCAUUGCGCUGCCGCAGAAUCAAUCCUUGCGGUUUCCACCGAUCUGUUUGAACCUCUGAGUCGGUUGUUUCAGGAAUCGCCGAUACGUCUACGCUUCGAUUUGUACGGCGACGAAAUUCAGCCUGUUCCUCGACCUCGUCGAGCUGUUGCAAGUUGUUUGUUAGGAUAAGUUAAACAAACACGACAUGUAACUCGAAAGGUACAAACCUUUUGCUGUAGAGAUUGGCACUCCUUCUUCAUGUCACCGUUAUCAGCUUCUAAAUUCUCA